AUGGGAAGUCCAGGGAAGCUAAGGCAAUGGCCUCAACUUGUUUAUGCAAUGGCAUUUUGCUUAAUAGCCAUUUCUGUAGUUGCCGAUAAGCCAUACAUUUAUGCUUCACCACCUCCACCAUUUGAGUCACCACCACCUCCUUACUAUUACAGGUCCCCACCUCCACCAUCGCCACCACCUCCUUACUAUUACAAGUCACCUCCACCUCCAUACCACUACACGUCCCCACCUCCACCAUCCAAGUCACCACCGCCUCCAUACCACUACACGUCCCCACCUCCACCAUCCAAGUCACCACCUCCUCCUUACCAUUAUAACUCUCCACCCCCUCCAUCAAAGUCACCUCCACCUCCUUACUACUACAAGUCCCCACCACCACCAUCUAAAUCACCACCGCCUCCAUACCACUACACGUCCCCACCUCCACCAUCCAAGUCACCACCUCCUCCUUACCAUUAUAACUCUCCACCCCCUCCAUCAAAGUCACCUCCACCUCCUUACUACUACAAGUCCCCACCACCACCAUCUAAAUCACCACCGCCUCCAUACCACUACACGUCCCCACCUCCACCAUCCAAGUCACCACCUCCUCCUUACCAUUAUAACUCUCCACCCCCUCCAUCAAAGUCACCUCCACCUCCUUACUACUAUAAGUCCCCACCACCACCAUCUAAAUCACCACCACCUCCAUACCACUACACGUCCCCACCUCCACCAUCCAAGUCACCACCAACUCCUUACCACUACGCGUCCCCACCUCCACCAUCCAAGUCACCACCUCCUCCUUACCACUACUCGUCCCCACCUCCACCAUCCAAGUCACCACCACCUCCAUACCACUACACGUCCCCACCUCCACCAUCCAAGUCACCACCUCCUCCUUACCAUUACAACUCUCCACCCCCUCCAUCAAAGUCACCUCCACCUCCUUACUACUACAAAUCCCCACCACCACCAUCUAAAUCACCACCUCCUCCUUACCACUACACGUCCCCACCUCCACCAUCCAAGUCACCACCUCCUCCUUACUACUACAAGUCCCCACCACCACCAUCUAAAUCACCACCGCCUCCAUACCACUCGUCCCCACCUCCACCAUCCAAGUCACCACCAACUCCUUACCACUACGCGUCCCCACCUCCACCAUCCAAGUCACCACCUCCUCCUUACCACUACUCAUCCCCACCUCCACCAUCCAAGUCACCACCACCUCCAUACCACUACACGUCCCCACCUUCACCAUCCAAGUCACCACCUCCUCCUUACCAUUACAAUUCUCCACCCCCUCCAUCAAAGUCACCUCCACCUCCUUACUACUACAAAUCCCCACCACCACCAUCUAAAUCACCACCUCCUCCUUACCACUACACGUCCCCACCUCCACCAUCCAAGUCACCACCUCCUCCUUACCACUACUCGUCCCCACCUCCACCAUCCAAGUCACCACCACCUCCAUACCACUACACGUCCCCACCUCCACCAUCCAAGUCACCACCAACUCCUUACUACUACAAGUCCCCACCUCCACCAUCCAAAUCACCACCUCCUCCUUACUAUAACAAGUCCCCGCCCCCUCCAUCCCCAUCACCACCUACUCCUUACUAUUACAAGUCCCCGCCCCCUCCAUCCCCAUCACCACCUACUCCUUACUAUUACAAGUCUCCACCACCUCCAAAAGGCUACUAA